AUGUUUAGGUUAUUUACGAAAUCCUCUCAAGGUACUAAUUCCCAGGCAGCUCUUGGGUAUCUGUUAACAAGUGUUACUCUGUGUAGCCUUGCUAUGCUCUUCAAAGAGCAGGGUAUCACUGUACUUGGACUGUGUUGUGCUUAUGACAUCGUCAUGUUCUGUAAGAUAGACUUUAUUCAACUGAUCAAGAAGCUGUUCAAGCCAAAGAAACCAGCUUCAACUACUGAGGAUAAUGGCGUUUUUCUGUUCAGAGGAUUAAUCUUUCGGCAAUCCAUCCUAGUCCUUGUUGGAAUCAUUCUUCUGUUGGGAAGAUGGAAAGUCAUGGGCUCUACUCCACCACAUUUUCAAGUGUCAGAUAAUCCACCUUCAUUUGAAAAGUCUUUUGUAUCUAGAUUCAUUAAUUAUAAUUACAUCUACACGAUCAACCUGUGGCUGUUAAUUAACCCUUGGUGGCUGUGUUUUGAUUGGUCGAUGGGUUGUAUACCGCUAAUCAAGGAACCAACAGACCCUCGUGUAGCUGCAGUGCUACUGAUGUGGGCUGUGCUUUUCACUCUUUUUGGAUACUGCAUAUUAGGUCAACCAUCACAUUACAAAAGAAUAUGCACAAUGGGUCUGGCUUUUCUCAUUGUACCAUUCCUACCUGCAUCAAAUAUCUUCUUCAGAGUUGGUUUUGUCAUAGCAGAACGUGUGCUGUAUUUAUCAAGUGUUGGUAGUUGUAUAUUAGUUGUGCUUGGUAUUGCAGCCCUCAGUAGAAGAGCAUAUUUAAGAAAAUAUGUUGCCUGUUGCAUGUUCACCAUGAUAGUCUGUUUUACACUCUGGACCAUUAAAGUAAGUUGA